AUGGCUCGAUUCGUUAGAUGUCUGAAAAGAACAGUCUUUUCUAGUUCGAUUGCGUAUCGGAACCCUAAAAUUGGUUUGCCCACUAAUCAAAAGCCUAAAUUUUUAAUCAGCCACAGAUGUUUGAGCUCGGGGAGUUACGUGUCGGAAAUGCAGAAAUCAGCUUUCCAAGGAAACAUUUUGAGAUUGAUCCGUAACGAGAUUGAGUAUGAACUCGAUCACUCGCCUCCAUUUCAGCCUCCGAGUAGUUUCGGUCCAUUCGCUAUCGAUGAACGGCCUGGAGAGCAAUGGAUUAGCUUAAGAAGGAAAUUUGGGGAGAAAGAAGACAUCAAAAUCGAAGCAACCAUGUUUGAUAAAUCAGUUCCGUCGUCAAAAUCUACUAGCACGGAACCUGAAUAUCUUCUUCACAUCACUUUCAUUGUCAACAUCUCUAAGUGUGGUUCUGGUGAAACCUUAGAGAUCAUGUGUUCUGCUUGGCCAGAUACUAUAGAGAUAUCGAAACUCUGCGUUCGUAAAAGCAUCAAGAGUUCACCCUCUUCCUAUGGUGGACCAGAGUUUGAGGAAUUGGAUGAUAACCUUCAAGACGCUCUGUAUCAAUUUUUGGAGGAAAGAGGUAUAAGCGACGACCUUGCGGUUUUCUUGCAUCAGUAUAUGAAGAACAAAGGUAAAGGCGAGUACGUUAGAUGGAUGGAGAGCGUUAAAUCUUAUGUCGAGCAAAAAUAG